AUGACCACCGUCGCACCGCCUACUACGACUGCCACGAAUAACCCGGCCACCAACUCGGGGAAGGGCUCAACGAGAGCCGCCGGCCUGAAAGAUUCAGCAAAGGCGAGUUCGGAUCGCGACUCUGCCAAAACCCUAGGCCUCGGUACGGUCCAAGCCACUUCCGCAGCUGCUCAGAGCCCGGCAGGCACCUCACCAGUCAGCCAGGGUGUCGAUCCGCUGUCCCAAAUCAGAGCGGAUUUCGACUCCGUACACGACAGCGACUCGGAGCUAGGCAGCGAGCAACGAAUGAACGGCGCCGACGCUCGUGUCUUCUCGUCCAACAUUGUCGAUGCGGGGGGCUUCGUCCCCAUCCACAAGGAACCACCGAGAUAUAUCCGGGUCCGGGCGCAGAACAAGCAGAACCACCAACGAGAAUUCAACCGCAUGUUCCUCGCCCAGGAGCUCGUGGGCACCCAUCCUAAGCAUACUGGUUCCGAGGAGCAGGCGGACGACAAGGCCCUCAUCGUGACGGUGUCGGUGGCGGGCGCAGGCGGCAGGAGGAGGGAGAAGACAGGCGGGGCGAUCUGGGCCACCGAAUUCUCCAAGGAUGGGAAAUUUCUUGCGGCCGCUGGCAAGGACGGCGUUGUGAGGGUGUGGGCCGUCAUCUCGACACCUGAAGAAAGGCGUGCGCAGGAGGAGGAGGAAGCUUCAAUAGCUCCUGUUGGGGAGAGACUCUCUGCGCCCGUCUUUGUCGAGCGCCCAGUCCGCGAGUUCUCUGGUCACACCAACGAGGUUAUCGACCUGAGCUGGAGCAAGAACAAUUUCCUCCUGUCGACCAGCAUGGACAAGACGGUGAGGCUUUGGCAUGUUACCCGGGAUGAUUGUCUGUGCCAGUUCAAGCACAAAGACGUGGUGACGAAGGUCGCCUUCCACCCUACCGACGAUCGUUUCUUCCUGGCCGGAAACCUAGACAUGACGCUGCGGCUCUGGAGUAUCCCAGACAAGCAAGUCGCUUGGAACGUGCAUCUACCGGAUCUGAUCACCGCUGUGGCUUUCACCCCGGACGGUAAGAUGGCAAUCGCUGGACUUCUGAACGGCGUGUGCAUGUUGUACGAGACCGAAGGGCUCAAGUUUCACAGCCAGAUCCAUGCCAAAAGCUCCAGAGGGAAGAACUCCAAAGGAAGCAAAAUCACUGGCAUCUCUGCAGGUACGGAACCCGGUGAGGUGAAGAUCAUGGUUUCAACCAACGAUUCGCGGAUCCGUGUGUACAAUCUAAGGGAUGGCAGCCUCGACACGAAAUUCAAGGGCCACGAGAACUCCUGUACGCAGAUUAGCGCCAGCUUCAGCGACGAUGCCCAAUAUGUCAUCAGUGGGAGCGAGAACAGGAAGGCAUUUAUAUGGAAGACGGGCCCGUCCAAUAGCGGAGACUCGGGCAAAGACAAGCACCCAUGUGAGAGUUUUGACGCUCACGGCGACAUCGUGACGACAGCCCUAUUUGCGCCGAAAAAGACGAGACAGCUCCUGUCUGCGUCUGGCGAUCCGAUCUACGACCUUUGCAACCCGCCACCAGUCGUCCUGAUGUCCGCGGAUGAGGCGGCCGUCUCGGUAUCGCAGGCGGCUCCUUCGGAAUCCGGCAGCCAGGAUCAGACACCCUCAGCACCAGGCCUGGUCAAGAAGAAGGUGGAGCCGUCGCCGGCCUAUAUCUCCCGCACAGCACAUCCAGGAGGCAAUAUAAUCGUCACGACGGAUGAUCAGGGCAUCCUCAAGGUCUUCAGGCAGGACUGCGCACACAAGCGUCGCCACGAGAGCUGGGAGACGGGUAGCACCCUCUCACAGAAACCUCGCGGCAUCAUCGGCAUAGGACGAACUUCGAGCAUCGGCAGCGCCGCACAUUCGAGGCGGGCUAGCCUGAGCACGGGAGCCCCGGGCAAGGGGUCUUCCGACAUGAUUCUCAGCUGGAGACAAAACGUCGAAGGUGGGAGGCCAAAGUCAAUCGCUGGGAGUAUGACGGCGCCAGCCCGGAGUGAGAGGAGUAUCUCGCCCGCCAAAAACAUCCGCGGAUCAUCUACCAACAUUGCGGCGGAUGCGAGGAAGCUGCCAUACUCCCUUGCGUCCCCUCGGCAGGUUCCUGCGCGCACAACUGCGAGCGAUGUGCCCGAUAGUCCUACGAGCAGUGUAGCAAGUCGCAGCCGUCCAAAGUCAGUUGUGGAGGGCCGCCGGAAGCCCCCACCGCAGCCAUUGAAGCUGUCACCUCUCAACAAGGGGCAGGCCGAGGACAAGCCACAGCUCAUCACGAAAAAGGGCGAAGAAGACACGUCAAAGCCAUCACUCUUGAUGUCGCCUCCAGUGCCUUCGUUCUCCUUCAACCCUGCGGUGGAGGAGGAGGGCUCGCAGAAUCCCGUAAUGCAAACCGAUGCAGCUGGCGCCAGUCAUGCCUUCUGGAAUCUGAACCGCUGGAAAGGCCUCGCGGGGCUCAAGUCCUCGGACGGCAAAGCUGGCGUUUCGAAGAAGCACACCAGAACUAGCAGCGAGGCCAUGUCGGGUGUGACAAGGGAUGAAUCCGAUGGCCUCCGACGAAAGAGCUUAGGAUCGUCAGUCAUCUCUGGCCAGACGUCCUCGCCAACCUCAGAGUCAGCGGACGACGAAGAUCUGCUGCAGGCCAAUUCCGUGAUAUCGAAGCUGAGCUCCGAGCUCACCAGCGAGAGUGAUGUUGACACCGCAGGUAAUGGUGACAUGACAUGCCGCAAAUGCCAUGCCCAGAAACCCAAAACGAAGAAGAUUCAGGGCCAGCAGAAACUCGUCUGUGGGCGGUGUGGGAGCGCGUAUACGGAUGGGGGAUGAUGAAGAGUACCCUCUCGUCGACAAAAAGCGAAGUCGGUCCCAUAAUGCUAGACAUUGAUAUCCUCGGGCUGUUUGCUGCUUACUCUAUGCAGUAGAUGGAUGUAUAAGCAUGGCGUUGGGUCGGGUGUUGAGGUGUUCAUCUUUUUGGAAAUCGCUGUACAGCAUAUACCAACAUUAGAUAUUGCGCCAAUCGCAUGGUUUUUU